AUGCUGCGUCAUGUUGCGAUGUGUAAUACUGCCCCGCGAGUCGGACCUGGCGCUCACGAGCAUAUAAAUAGUCUCCCUCUGCCAGAGUUAGACGCAGGACGGCGCGAGCGUCUAUUGCGCCGGUUCGUACAUGUCGGCGGCAGAGAUGACGGGCCAUCGUUUGGCCGCUUGCAGAACACGACGAUGAGUCGCCUUCAGAUCAGCGGCUUCGGCGACCUGACCGAGAUACCUGCAGGCAUGUUCAGCGGCAUGAAGAUAGUUUCGCUGACCAUUAGCUCCUCCAGCCGACCGACGAUGAAUGAGCAGUCGUUGGCGGGUAUACGCGGCCUGACGGAGCUGAUCCUGACGUCGCUGCAGCUGACCGAGCUGCCGUCGGUGAUCUUCCCCUCUGUCAGCCAUGUCGAAUAUCUGCAUCUCAGCUACAAUCGCUUCACCACGCUGCCUGACAGAAUAUUCUCCCCCUUCACGCGACUACGUAGGCUCUUUCUAGAAUUCGGCUCACUCACUACCAUUGCACCCAACGCGCUGGGAGGUCUAUCAACACUAGAGUACUUGGACUUGUCGCAUAACAAAAUCGGGUUCAUCGAACCGGGGCUCUUUGCCGAAAUGGGACAACUCUACACGAUGAUGCUGAAAUACAAUAAUCUGCACGCUCUCGAAGCGGGCACCUUCUCCGGAUUGAGAAAAGUGACCAGUCUCGAACUAGAAUACAAUAGCAUCGGCCGCAUCGAUGCUGGGGCCUUCGAAAACACAGACGGCAUUACUUUCUUGAAACUAUUUAAGAACAAGCUAACUUCCAUUAAAGCCGGAGCAUUCGCGGGAUUAAACAAGCUAGAGAUGCUUGACAUUAUCGCUAAUUUCGUCCUGGAGACGAUCGAGGUAGGAGCUUUCCACGGACUUCCCCGAUUAAGUAUAGUGUACCUUCACUUCAACAAUCUCAACCAUCUGGAGCAGGACAUAUUUGAUCUCUCGCUUUAUCCGGAGAGCUGGAGCAUAAUAACCUCAAUAUCCGACAACCCGCUGGACUGCAGCUGCCUCGGCUGGCUACUGAGUAAGCCGUUCGACGUCCACGGACUUUGCCACGCGCCGGCAGACGUGGCAGGAGAGUGGCUUGAAAACAUUGACCCUUCCGACCUUCACUGCCCGGCGGUAAGACGCCAGAUCGUACACUAAGGCGACGCAUCUCAUGAUAUUGUCGGCUACCAACGGAUUUACUACUACGGAGUUGCCCCUCUUACUGGCCACAGCUUAUAUACGCACGUUUAAGAAUGAGCCGAAGUCCUGUUACACUAACAACAAUCACUUAAUCACUUGCGGCUACCAACCGAUACUUCUUGCAGUCGAGCGUAUGGAACCUUUAGUAGAUGCGAAUAUUUAGAGAUAUGCGAGUAUGGAAUACUUGCUGUUUAGGAGAUUUCUGCUUACACAAUUACUGGAAGAAACAUGUAAUAUUUUGAUAGAAUUAAAUUUUGAAGUUCAAACAAUAAAA